UUAACCUUCUUCAGCAGUUUGAAAAAAAUGAGGACGAUAAAUGAGAAGCUGACGAAUGAAAUUUCAAAUCAACUGAAUGAUGUGGAUGUGGCGCUGAACAAGGAUGCAGACAUGAUUGCACUGGAAUUUGGAGAAAUCUUCAGAACUCUGGAAAUGAAGAAACAGCAAUUGCUAGAAGAUGUUGAAAAUCAAAGAAGUAAAAAAGAAAAAGAAUUUGCCAUUUGGAAGAAAAUGAAGGAAACUCACAAGAAGACCAUUGAGAAUUUUUUGAAGGAUUGUGAAAAGCUUGUCCAUGAGUGUGAUCCUCAGCGUUUCCUGGAGGUGGCCUGUGGCUUGAAUGCAAGAAUGAAAACCCAGCUUGACCUGAUGAAUAUAGCAUCCAGCUUUGAAAAAAAACCAGACUGUCCUCAAAAGAAGAUGGAUAUCAAACCUGUGGUUAAUAAAAUCCUGGCUUUGAGGUUAAUGCCUGUUAAUGAAGGCACUGAUAAAGAUCUACCUUCUGGGGGAAAUGAGGACCCAACAAAAAAUACUCUAUUUAAAAAUAACAUAAAGCAAUGGCAGGACCAGAAGAACACACCCAGCAUGUUUCUUCCUGUAGCAGGACAGGAGGAAGCACUGGCAGAUGGGAGCAGGAUUUGUACUCGCCUAAUGUCAAUAUCGGGAAUGUCCACAUUUCAAAACAUGAGUCAUGAG